CGCCUGCGAGGAAGAAGUCACGUGGCAGCCGGAAAGCGUGGCGGCUGCUGCUAGAGCUUCUCCCUUUACCGCCCGCAAGGAGCUGGGACGACAACAACGACGUCGUUUCCGUUUCCACCCCCUCUUCCUUUUCCCGUCCUCGAGGACGCCGUGCCGGGCCAGUGUUAGCCUCCAGCCCUGGUUUUGGAAGGCGACAGAAGUCAUGGCGAUGUUUGAGCAGAUGAGAGCCAACGUGGGCAAGUUGCUCAAGGGUAUCGACAGGUACAAUCCUGAGAACCUGGCCACCCUGGAGCGCUAUGUAGAGACGCAGGCCAAGGAAAAUGCCUAUGAUCUGGAAGCCAACCUGGCUGUCCUGAAGCUGUACCAGUUCAACCCAGCCUUCUUUCAGACCACGGUCACCGCCCAGAUCCUGCUGAAGGCCCUCACCAACCUGCCGCACACAGACUUCACCCUGUGCAAGUGCAUGAUCGACCAGGCACAUCAAGAAGAACGGCCAAUCCGACAGAUUUUGUACCUUGGGGACCUGCUGGAGACCUGCCACUUCCAGGCCUUCUGGCAAGCCCUGGAUGAAAACAUGGACCUCUUGGAAGGUAUAACUGGCUUUGAAGACUCUGUCCGAAAGUUUAUCUGCCAUGUGGUGGGUAUCACUUACCAGCACAUCGACCGCUGGCUGCUGGCCGAGAUGCUCGGGGAUCUGUCAGACAGCCAGCUAAAGGUGUGGAUGAGCAAAUACGGCUGGAGUGCCGACGAGUCGGGGCAGAUCUUCAUCUGUAGCCAAGAAGAGAGCAUUAAACCUAAGAACAUUGUGGAGAAGAUUGACUUUGACAGUGUGUCCAGCAUCAUGGCCUCCUCCCAGUAACUUCAGGUGUUUAAUAAAGAUGUGUUGACUCAG